CCGGAGCCAAUGCGUGUCUUCCUCGCCGUCGAGCCGCGGAUAUCGCUUCGUGGCCAAUAACUGAGAUGGUUGCUCGCGGCCGGUAGUGUGUUGCGUUCCGAGAUUUAAGCGAAACGUUAAUAAUAAAACGAGACUAAAUUCCAUCGCAGGCCCAUCGCACUACCCAAGCAUGGCGCACCAAAUGCUUUCGUCGGCCAGCAAACUGGAAAGACUGAUUCUCAGGCCCACUCAAAAAGGUUAUUUCGACACGCUUCAGUUGAGGCGACAUUUAACUCUGCUUAAAAAUAGUACAACGUUAUCCAUGAUUGAAGAGUUGCAACAAAAAUGGAGAUUAUUUUGUAAAGAGCCACCCAAAGGAUUCGAAAAGUUCUUUAAACCAGGUGGAACGAAAAGUGCUGAAAAAAGUGCUGAAAAUGUUGCUAAAAAGGCGGAAGAGGCAUCGAGCAAGAAAGCUAGUACAGAGAAACCUUCUUCAUCUACCUCUAGCUCGUCAUCCAGUUCCAAAGAUCAAGGUUUUCAAUGGGCAUUUAAGGUUUUCGGUGACAGUUCACAGCGAGGAGGUAAAUCGUUUGAAGGUGGUGACAAGGAUAAGACAUUCAUGAUUUUGGGUACACUUGGAGUAACUGGUUUGCUUGCAUAUAUACUUUCCCAGGAUUUCAAUCAGAAGGAGAUCACAUGGAGAGAAUUUACAUAUAAUUAUUUAAGCAAAGGUCUUGUUGAUAAAUUAGAAGUAGUAAAUAAAAAGUGGGUGCGUGUAAGACUUCUACCUGGACAUACUGUUGAUGGUUCUGAUACAUUGUGGUUCAAUAUUGGAAGUACUGAUACUUUUGAAAGGAAUCUAGAAAAUGCACAAAUAGAAUUAAACAUGGGACCUGAGAAUUAUAUUCCUGUGGUUUACAAAAAUGAAAUAGAAACUGUAAAUGUAAUGUCAUAUUUGCCACAAAUUCUUAUGUUGGGGCUGCUCAUUUAUUUCAUGCGAAGAUCUGCGGAAGCAAUGAUUGGUAAAGGAGGUAAAAGAGGUGGGCUUUUUGGUACAGUAAUGGAAUCAACUGCAAAACUAAUAAAUUCGAAAGAUAUUGGUGUACGAUUUAAAGAUGUAGCUGGAUGUGAAGAAGCUAAGAUCGAAAUUAUGGAAUUUGUAAAUUUCUUGAAGAAUCCACAGCAAUAUAUAGAUCUCGGGGCUAAGAUUCCAAAAGGCGCUAUGUUAACAGGGCCGCCUGGUACUGGUAAAACUUUGUUAGCCAAAGCUACGGCUGGUGAAGCAAACGUACCGUUUAUUACAGUAUCCGGUUCGGAAUUCUUGGAAAUGUUUGUGGGUGUCGGUCCAUCUAGAGUACGCGAUAUGUUCUCUAUGGCGCGAAAGCAUGCACCGUGUAUAUUAUUUAUUGACGAGAUCGAUGCAGUCGGACGAAAGAGAGGAGGUCGGAAUUUUGCGGGACAUUCUGAGCAAGAAAACACAUUGAACCAGCUCUUGGUAGAAAUGGAUGGAUUUAAUACGACGACUAAUGUGGUGGUAUUAGCGGCUACUAAUAGGGUAGACAUUUUAGAUAAGGCAUUACUUAGACCUGGAAGAUUCGAUAGACAAAUAUUUGUAUCUGCGCCGGAUAUCAAAGGACGGGCGUCCAUUUUCAAAGUACAUUUAACUCCUUUGAAAACUUUAUUAGACAAAGAUCAGCUAGCAAGAAAGAUGGCUUCCCUGACUCCUGGAUUUACAGGAGCUGAUAUUGCGAACGUUUGCAAUGAAGCGGCUCUGAUCGCGGCAAGAGAUUUGAAUGAUAAUAUCCACCUUAAAAACUUCGAACAAGCUAUCGAGAGGGUAGUAGCUGGCAUGGAGAAGAAAACCAAUGUAUUGCAACCUGAGGAAAAGAAAACAGUCGCGUACCAUGAGGCCGGUCAUGCGGUAGCCGGCUGGUUUUUAGAGUAUGCGGAUCCGCUUUUGAAGGUAUCUAUUAUUCCGCGCGGUAAAGGAUUAGGAUAUGCCCAAUAUUUGCCACGUGAGCAAUAUCUCUAUACGAAGGAACAGUUAUUCGAUCGAAUGUGCAUGACGCUCGGUGGACGAGUAUCAGAAGAAAUCUUUUUCGGCCGCAUAACUACAGGCGCUCAGGAUGAUUUGCAAAAGAUUACAGAAAUUGCGUAUGCACAAAUUACGCAAUACGGUAUGAACGAGAAGGUCGGGAAUGUUAGCUUUCAAAUGCCGAAGCCAGGAGAGAUGGCCUUAGACAAACCAUAUUCCGAAUAUACUGCGCAACUCAUCGACAAUGAAGUCCGAGAUUUGAUCGACAGGGCACAUAAACGAACGCGAGCCCUUCUGGACGAGCACAAAGAGAAUGUAAUCAAGGUCGCCGAGCGAUUGUUGAAGCAGGAGAUCUUAAGCAGGGACGAUAUGAUCGAAUUACUUGGUGCUCGGCCUUUCCGCGAGAAAUCUACUUACGAAGAAUUUGUUGAAGGCACUGGCUCCUUCGAAGAGGAUACUACGUUACCGGAAGGUUUGAAGGAAUGGAACAAAUCUAAGGAAGAAUCCUCCGAGGACGGUGAUAAGAAAGAUAAAGCGGCGGAGACUAGCGAGUCGCAGGCGCAGCCUUCUAAAGCAGCCUCCAGUGAUAAACAGCCGCAACAACGACUAUAACCUGUAACAUUUAGUCUCGCAACUGCUUUGUAUAAUAGUUCGAAAUACACAAUCAUAACAAUAUAAGUUUAUGGAUAUUCAACAGUAUAUUCAGCUGCAUCAGCUGUUGUAACCGGUAUAUAUAUACGAUGAAGUCGUCAGUUUAACAUGACGUUCUUAUGAUGUGUGUUUUCUUGUAAUUAAAACUAAAUUACAUUCUAUAAAUUCUUUCUCAUAAAUCCGUUUUCACCUUCAUAUCAACUGAUAAUAGUAUUGUGCGAAGUAACAUAUAUCACAAACUCGCGAAACUCUUAGAAACUUUAAGAUCUCCUGCGUUAUGUGUAUUAAAACUGCGCAGAUACUUCAUUAAUUUUGGAUAAUGAUUAAAGAUACAAUUCUUUGUUUGAUAUAAUUUUGUGUUAUCACCCUUCACGUUUUUUGGUGGAAGAAAAGUGGGCAAAUGAAAGGUUUUCGAAAAACGAUUCUUGCACAUAGAUGUUUGCAAGCUCGAUAUACUUAAUUUUUAAGAAAGGCGAUUUUAUUUUACAUAUUUAUCAAUUUUCAUGUUUUCUUGAAAAAAUAACAUAUACACCUCUUUGAAGAAUAAACUCGAAGAUUAUAGGUAUAUGCAAAGUCGAAUAAAUCGUUCAAUGUGCAAUCCAUAUUUAAGGUUUAGUUUAUUGAUAAGAAACAUAUCAGUAACACGAUCGGCUUCUGCAUUACAUUACUGGGUACGAAUUAAUUACGUCUGACGUGUGUCGCUUAUUGCACAUGGCUGUAAAUAUAUAUAUAUAUAUGUAAAAUUGCUUUCGUCGAGAUGCCGUGACGACGCGGAACGUCGCCGCGGCUUGUGCUACGUAAAAUUUGUAAAAGUGUAUCCGCCGCUAUUUUUUAUUCGUGGUUCACACUCAUACGUUGGUCGAGCUCGUAUGUUUGUCGUCAUCCGUAAAACGUUAUAUCCUACACAUCUCGGGCGAGUGCUUCUUCGUGUCUUGUCAAUUACGCUCGAUUUAGCACCUGACACGCGAAAUCCGACCUGACCAGACCUGGCGAUUAGUUUAAGAAUUUUAAUGAAAAAUAAUUGCCACGAUACACGGAUAAACAACACGAAAUCUGGAAUAUUUUUAAAAUGUGUCAAGAUUAUCUGAAAGAGUAGAACGUUUUUUUAAAUACUCUUGUUAUCUGAGAUAAGAUCGUGCGCGAUUAUUCUUUUCGUAGAGAUUUUAGCAUCAUGCUAGAAUCGAUCUUGUCCUCGUGACAGGUACUAAAUCUGCGGAGAUGUUAAGCACAGUGUCUCUUUAUCCCCUUGAAAAAGGAUAAUCGUUCUAUAUCAACGGGUGUAGGUGUACAGAUGCAACGACAUGACGUUAUAAAUGACUAAUAAAGUCUGGUUUGACAUUAAAAA